AUGGAUCAACCCAUCGCCGGAAUAUGUUUGGAGUUUGAAAGAAGGAUCGCAGUUUAUGAGGCUGAAAUCUCACGUCUAAAGAAGGAAAACUAUCGUCAGAGGAAACUAUUGGACGCCGUUUCUAAACCUGAAGUACGGAUCUACAAAUCAGACCUCCAGCAGCUCUUAGUUUCUGAAGAUGAGGUUCCCUCUGUGAAGCAGGAGUAUAGUCCCAGUCUGAACCCAGUGGAGCCAGAGCCCCCACACAUAAAAGAGGAAGAGGAGGAACUCUGGAGCAGCCAGGAGGAAGAGAAGCUUCAAGGAUUGAAGGAGAAGGCUGACAUUAUUAAGCUGUCAUCUUCUCCUGUCCCUGUGAGGAGUAAAAAUUAUGAAGAGAACGUUCAGUCCUCUCAGCUUCAUCAAAGCCGAACUGAGGAGAAAAGAGAGGCAGAGCCUCCAGCCAGCACCUCAACUGAGCAGAUGAAACCAGAACCUGGUGGAGAGGACUGUGGACCAUCAGAACAAACCAGUAACCUCGAUCAAGAUGGUGCUUUACAACCAACUAGUGAUGGAAAUCUCUCUUCAGACUGUUGUGAAAAUGAGACUGAAGACAGUGAUGAUGGUUGGAACAAAGCUAGAGAACUUCAGACAGAGGACAAUGAAAUCAGUACUAAGAGAUCUGCUGAGAAUAAACCCUUCAGUAGCUCAGUCUGUAGUAAAGGAUUUACUACAAGAGGAAACAUGCAGAGACAAAUGACAAUACAUAUUGGAAAGAAACCUUUCAGAUGCUCAGUCUGUGGUAAAAGGUUUUCUGAAAGAUGGCAUAUGAAGGCACACAUAAGAAUACAUAUAGCAACAAAGCCCUUCAGUUGCUCAGUCUGCGGUAAAGCGUUUUCUCAAAGAGGACAUAUGACGACACACAUGAGAAUACAUACAGGAGAGAAACCUUUCAGUUGCUCAGUGUGUGGUAAAGUGUUUUCUCAAAGAGGACAUGUGACGACACACAUGAGAAUACAUACAGGAGAGAAACCUUUCAGUUGCUCAGUCUGCGGUAAAGUGUUUUCCAGAACAGGACAUAUGAAGAGACACAUGAGAAUACAUACAGGGGAGAAACCUUUCAGUUGCCCAGUGUGUGGUAAAGGGUUUUCUCAAAGAGGACACAUGAAGACACACAUGAGAAUACAUACAGGAGAAAAACCCUUUAGUUGCUUAGUGUGCGGUAAAGCGUUUUCUCACAAAAGAAGUAUUGAGUCACACAUGAGAAUACAUACAGAAACAAAACCCUUAAGUUGCUCAGUGUGCGGUAAACAGUUUUCCCAAAGAAGACAAAUGCAGUCGCACAUGAGAAUACAUAUAGGAGAAAACCCCUUUGGUUGCUCGGUCUGCGGAAAAGUGUUUUCUCAAAAACAAUAUGUGCAAAUACACAUGAAAAUACAUAAGAAACCUUACAGUUGCUCAGAGUGUGGUAAAGCGUUUUCUCAAAAAGAAGAUAUGCGAAGACACACAAGAGUACAUACAGGAGAAAAACCCUUUAGUUGCUCAGUCUGCAGUAGAAGGUUUUCUCAAAGAGGAAGUGUGCAGUCACACAUGAGAAUACAUAUAGGAGAAAACCCCUUUGGUUGCUCGGUCUGCGGAAAAGUGUUUUCUCAAAAACAAAAUAUGCAAAUACACAUGAAAAUACAUAAGACACAUUACAGUUGCUCAGAGUGUGGUAAAGCGUUUUAUCAAAAAGAAGAUCUGCGAAGACACACAAGAGUACAUACAGGAGAAAAACCCUUUAGUUGCUCAGUCUGCAGUAGAGGGUUUUCUCAAAGAGGAACUAUGCUGUCACACAUGAAAAUACAUAGAGGAGAAAAACCCUUUGGUUGCUCAGUCUGCGGUAAAUUGUUUUCUAGAAGAGGAUAUAUGAAGACACACAUGAUAAUACAUACAGGAACGAAGCCCUUCAGUUGCUCAGUCUGCAAGAAAGGCUUUUCUCAAAGAGCAAAUAUGCAGUCACACAUGAGAAUACAUACAGGAGAGAAACCGUUCAGUUGCUCAAUCUGCAGUAAAGGGUUUUCUCAAAAACAUGUUGGCCAGGACGCUCUUGUAGUCAUGCAGCAGCAGUUCCGUGGAAGCGGCAAGGCCGAAAACCUAGCCUUAGAGGAGUUGAUAAAAUCAGCCAUCCGACUAGAUAACAGGAAGAGGGAAAGGCGUAGGGAAAGAGCCCUGGGACGGAGAUCACUUUCCGUCACCUACACGCCACCCAACCUGUUUGAGUUCCCCUCAUCUGCCCACACCCCUUCACCUGGCUCUCUGGACUCGUGUGCCAACCCUCCAAGUCCUCUGGCAGCAGGGGAACCCAUGCAGCUGGGACGGGCCAAGCUGACACCUGAGGAAAGACAGCGACAACUCGGGAGCCACCUCUACAUCUACUGUGGAAGAAAGGGACACCUCCUCGCCCAGUGUCCGGAACGACCAAAAGGCCAGGCUCAUCAGUAG